AUGUGUUCGGCUUCAAACGUUUAUUCACAACCACUUGGUGUAUGGGACAGUCUCCGUGCUGAUAAGAUUGCAGUUCGAUUAAAAUAUGGUUUACAUCAAAUUCCAGUGAUAUAUCCUCCAAAUCAUCAAUGUUAUUCACUUAUUGAACGACUUUAUUACGAUGCAGAGAACUGGAUGUAUCAACUUCUCGGUAUACCUAAAAAUGGAAAGCCUGCUGGUCGUUAUAUAAUUCAUUUAUAUCGGAUUGUAGCGACAGAUUUUGGAAUGGUACCUAUUCUUCGAUCAUCAGAUAUUGAACAUAAUUCUUUAAUCGAAAUAAUACUUGUACCUGUCGAAGUCAGUGAAAAUCAUCACGCGCUACGUGAAUCUCAAUUACGUGUACCAACAAAUUGUUCAAAAUGUACACGUUUUAUUGCUGGUGUAUAUAAACAAGGUGUUCGUUGUAGUAAAUGUCGUCAAACAUAUCAUAAAGAUUGUGCACCAUAUCUUAUUGAUGAUUGUCCAGUUGAAAGUAAUGCUAAGCAUGCAUCCUCAUCAUAUAUUGCAUUUAUUAAUCCAUUUGCUGCUGAUUCAUCAUCGUCAUCAUCAUCGUCGUCAUCACUAUCAGGUUCAAUGAUAAAUCUAGUAAGACCUGACCUAACUGUUAAUAAUACACGAUUGCCUAUACCAGGCAAAACUUCACCAAACAUUACACCUAUCACAAUCAUUGAUAAAGGUAUUUUUCCUGCAUGUAUUCGUAAUGCUCACUUUCAUGGACGAUAUCUUUUUCGUCUUACAACAAAUACAUUAAGUAUAUCAACAAAUUUAUCAUCUAAAAAUGUUGCACAAACUCAAUUACUUCCAUCAAGUGAAACUGAAACAAUAUUUUCAUUAACUGAUAUAGAAGAUCUCGUUUUAACUCAUUCUAUGCUUGGCAAAGACAAUGUUUUUGAAAUUCAUCUACGAAAUAAAAUUAUUAUUAGCGUAGGAAAACGAACAGAUUCUGAUGCAUUACAAAUGGAAACAGCUCAAUUCUAUUCAUCAAUUCGGGAUCAACGUGAAACAUUGAUUAACGCUACACCAUCAGUGCCACCAUCUAUUUCACCACCAGUAGAGGGUAUAUUCCCACAAGAAACAGGUAUUCGACGGCCAUUAAUUGAAAAAGGAAGUAUUCGGAAAGAAAUACCAGGUGCAAAUGAUGCUGAAAAAGAAGACUUACAUGAGCGAUAUGCAUUUACUGGUGAAAAAAUUGGUGAAGGUGCAUUCGGACGCGUCUUAGGUGCUUAUAGAAAAUCAACGAAACAACCAGUAGCUAUUAAAGUUAUAGAAAAAAAUGGUAGUUGUGAAGAUAUUCAACGAAUUAAUGAAGAAAUUGUUUAUCUUUCUAAAUUCAGUCAUAUCAAUAUUCUCAAAUUAGAAGCUUAUUAUGAACGUGAUGAUGCUGUUUAUGUAGUUACUGAACGUUUGGAGACCGAUUUAUGUAAAUACAUAAUGGAAUCUAAAGAUCAUUAUUUAGAUGAGACAACAAGUAAAAUGAUUAUAUUUCAAGUAAUUGUUGCUUUGAAAUAUCUUCACGAUAAAGAUUGUGGUCAUUUGGAUGUUAAAUGUGAAAAUAUUCUCUUGUCACUUCUUAAACCAGUACCUGCUGCUAAUAAACCUUUACAAAAUGGAAUUGAUUACAAUCAAGAUUUUCCUCUAGUUAAGUUAGCCGAUUUUGGUUAUUCGAGAAUUAUUGGUGAACAUUCAUUUCGUAAGACUCGUGUAGGAACGAAAGUUUAUAAUGCUCCUGAAAUUUACAAUAGUAUGAACGGUUAUAAUCGAUUAGCUGAUGUAUGGAGUGCUGGAGUUGUUCUAUAUGCUGCUUUAUCUGGUUCAUUACCAUUUGAUGAACAAUAUUAUGCUCAUAUUAAAGAAAUUGUCGAUGAUAAAAAUAGACUUUUCUCUGAUGCACGAUGGGCAUAUGUAUCCGAUUUAGCAAAGGAUCUAUUAACGGAUAAAUUAUUAGUUAUGCAAAUAGAGUCACGUCCUAAACCAAAUGGAAAUCAAAAAAUACGUGCUAAACCAAGUCUUGUUCUCUUUGAUGAUUGGUUUACGGAUUUUGAAUUAUAUAGAAAUCUACGUGAAAUUGAAAAACGAGCACGAUAUUUAAUGUCAACAAAACAACAAGAAAUUACACCAUCAACACAUUGGCUAACAGCACAACGAGAAGAUCCUGUUUGGAAAGAAUAUGAAUUAAAUUAUUACUAA